AGUAUACCUGAAAUACCUCCUAAGCCUGGAGAACUGAGAACAGAACUGCUGGGUCUAAAAGCAAGAUCAAGCAACGUUCAGACUUCACAACAGUGA